GGAACUGGGGCUUAAUCUAGCCGAGCCGUUCUGUGACUUGAGAGAAAAACUGGGAGAAUGUUGUUCGAAGUACGAUGAGUGCAAAUUUGUCUCGGGCGCACAAUUUCAUACAUGACUCCCAUGAAUACAGAUUUGAUGAGCAAUUUUGAAGCGUCUUUGGAAUCUUAAAAAGUGGAUCUCAUUAUUUCACAAUCAUGAGAAAUACUUGGUUGUCGCCCCGGAGUGUGCUUUUGGAAUACUGGACAGCGCUCGUUUUGUGUCUCUUAUGGAUUCAGUAUUCUUGCGGGAUGCCCCAUGUCAUUCGAAUAGGAGGGAUCUUUGAGCAAACGGACGGUCCCAUCCCCGUUGUCAGCGCCGAGGAGCAGGCCUUCAAAUUCGCCGUCAAUAACAUCAACAGAAACAGGACUCUGUUGCCCAACACCACGCUGACCUAUGACAUUCAGAGGAUAAACAUCUACGACAGCUUUGAAGCGUCCAGGAAAGCCUGUGAUCAGCUGUCUCUGGGCGUCGUUGCCAUAUUCGGCCCUUCGCACAGCUCGUCGUCCAACGCCGUGCAGUCGAUCUGCAAUGCCCUGGAGGUCCCGCACAUCCAGGUCAGGUGGAAACACCACCCCAUGGACAACAGGGACACCUUCUACGCCAACCUGUACCCCGACUACUCCUCCCUCAGCUACGCCAUUCUGGACCUGGUCCAGUUCCUGAAAUGGAAGACGGCCACAGUGGUGUAUGACGACAGCACGGGUCUUAUUAGACUACAGGAACUGAUAAUGGCCCCCUCCAGGUACAACAUCAGGUUAAAAAUCCGGCAGCUCCCACUGGACACCGAUGACACGCGGCCCCUCCUUAAAGAAAUGAAGCGAGGCCGAGAGUUUCGCAUCAUCUUCGACUGCAGCCACACCAUGGCUGCGCAGAUCCUAAAGCAGGCACUGGCCAUGGGAAUGAUGACAGAGUACUACCACUACAUCUUCACAACUCUGGACCUCUUUGCGCUUGACCUGGAGCCGUACCGCUACUGUGGGGUGAAUAUGACCGGCUUCCGAAUCCUGAAUGUCGACAACCCCCAGGUGGCGUCCAUCGUAGACAAGUGGUCAAUGGAGAGGCUCCAGGCCUCUCCCAAGCCUGAGUCUGGUCUCCUCGAUGGAGUCAUGACGACAGACGCUGCUCUGACCUAUGACGCGGUCCACAUUGUGUCCGUCUCCUACCAGCACGCACCGCAGAUGACCGUUAACUCGCUACAGUGUCACCGCCACAAGCCCUGGAGGUUCGGCGGACGCUUCAUGAGCUUCAUCAAGGAGUCCCACUGGGAUGGACUCACGGGCCGGCUGGUGUUUAACAGGACGACCGGCCUGCGCACAGACUUCGACCUGGACAUCAUCAGCCUCAAAGAGGAUGGCCUGGAGAAGGUGGGGAAGUGGAGUGCGUCCGGGGGCCUCAACAUCACAGAGAUCCCCAAGAGGAAAGGGAUGAACAUCACCGACUCGCUCUCCAACCGCUCCCUGGUCAUCACCACAAUACUGGAGGAGCCAUAUGUCAUGUUUAAGAAGUCUGACAAGGCGCUCUCCGGCAACGACCGCUUCGAGGGCUUCUGUAUCGACCUGCUGAAGGAGCUGGCCAACAUCCUGGGCUUCUCCUACGAGAUCCGCCUGGUGCCGGACGGCAAGUACGGCUCGCAGGACGAGAAGGGCCAGUGGAACGGCAUGGUCAAGGAGCUGAUGGAGCACAAAGCAGACCUCGCAGUGGCCCCACUCACCAUUUCCUACCUGCGGGAGAAGGUCAUCGACUUCUCCAAGCCCUUCAUGAACACAGGGAUCAGCAUCCUCUACAGGAAGCCCAACAGCACCAACAACGGCUUCUUCUCCUUCCUCAACCCCAUGACCCCCGACAUCUGGGUCUACAUCCUGCUGGCUUACCUGGGCGUCAGCUGUGUGCUCUUCGUCAUUGCCAGAUUCAGUCCGUACGAGUGGUACGACGCCCACCCCUGCAACCCCGGCUCGGACGUGGUGGAGAACAACUUCACUCUGCUCAACAGCUUCUGGUUCGGCGUCGGUUCCCUCAUGCAGCAAGGCUCUGAGCUGAUGCCCAAAGCUUUGUCCACCAGGAUCAUUGGUGGAAUCUGGUGGUUCUUCACCCUGAUCAUCAUCUCCUCCUACACGGCCAACCUGGCGGCCUUCCUCACCGUGGAGCGCAUGGACUCGCCUGUGGACUCGGCCGACGACCUGGCCAAGCAGACCAAGAUUGAGUACGGUGUGGUCAAAGACGGCGCCACUAUGACCUUCUUUAAGAAAUCUAAGGUCUCCACUUUCGAGAAGAUGUGGGCCUUCAUGAGCAGCAAACAGAACACAGCCCUGGUGAAGUCUAACGAGGAGGGAAUCCAGAGGGUGCUGAAGUCUGACUACGCCCUGCUGAUGGAGUCCACCACCAUAGAGUAUGUCACCCGCAGGAACUGCAACCUGACCAAGGUCGGAGGCACUAUAGACAGCAAGGGCUACGGGAUCGGCACUCCUAUGGGCUCUCCGUACAGAGACAAGGUCACCAUCGCCAUCCUCAGCAUUCUGGAGGACGGCCGGCUACACAUGCUGAAGGAGAAAUGGUGGAGCGGGAGUGGCUGCUCGGACGAUGAGCGGCGGGAGGCUGGGCCAAUGGGGAUCCAGAACCUGGGCGGGAUCUUCAUCGUGCUGGCCGCCGGAUUGGUCCUCUCGGUCUUUGUGGCCAUCGGGGAGUUCAUCUACAAGCUGAGGAAGACCGCGGAGCGUGAGCAGAGGUCCUUCUGCAGCGCCAUGGCGGAAGAGAUCAGGCUGUCGUUUACCUGCGAGCGACGGGUGAAGCACAAGCCGCAGCCGGCGGUGAUGGUAAAGACGGACGCCGUGAUCAACAUGCACACCUUCAACGACCGGCGGCUACCGGGGAAGGACAACCUGACGUGCAACACCGGCAUGACCCCUGUGUUCCCAUGACAGGAAGCUCCGGCUCGCCAAGGGCCGGCGGAACCCAGCGCCGAGGGCGGCUUCAGAGACCGGGGCGACG